GACUAUUUGUAGUCGUGUUGUUGCCGUGACUGCUGUGUCACGCUGCUCCGCUCUGGCAGAUAGCAGCCUGAAGGGACCAGAGAGAGAGAGAGACAGAAACGGACGCGUUUGGUGGAGAGUCAACGAAAUGAGGGAAGAGAGGGAAGAUUAAGAAUUAGAGGUGGGGAUAGAUGAAAAGGAUUGAAGGUCCGUGUAAAAAGGAGAAGAUUGAGCUGAGGACCCUUGACAUUUCUCCUCUUUUCUCUUCCGAGUUUAAACAAUGCUCUCUCUACCUGAAAUAACAGAAGCAUGCGUAUGGAGCGCGUCUCUCCAGGUGCGGAUAUCGAGCCAAAUGAAUGACGGGACGGAAUAACGGGUUUUUACGCACCAGGACCGACGUGGGUUCGUUAGCAACAAUGUGGUGUAUCAACUGUGCCUCAGACAAGACUCCCGUUAUUCUAAAUAACAACAAGCUUAUAUACUGUGUGGAAGAGCCUCAACGUGGCGACACAGGCAGUUUCUCCGACAGCACCUGUAGCCAGGGGCCCUACCUGAGCAGCUCUGAUCACCGCUAUAACAGUGGCCCCGGCCCACUGGGCCACCACCCCCAGGGCCCCACGGUGGCCCCCCCUAGCCCUGCCUCCCUGGCCUGGGCCCAGAGGACCCGGCACCAGCCUGCCAGCCUGGCGCUCCGGAAGCAGGAGGAGGAGGACAACAGGCGCUGCAAAGCCCUGUCCGACAGCUAUGAGCUCUCCACAGACCUACAGGACAAGAAGGUGGAGAUGCUGGAGAGGAAGUACGGAGGUUACUUGCUCAGUCGGCGGGCGGCGCGUACCAUCCAGACGGCGUUCCGUCAGUACCGCAUGAACAAGAACUUUGAGCAGCUACGAAGCUCUGCCUCCGAGAGCAGGAUGACUCGACGUAUUAUCCUGUCUGACACGAGACUGCAGUACUCGUUUGACGAGCGGCAGGGCCAGCCCCGGGGCCAAGGGGAUCAGCCGGGACAGAGGUAUCCGCAACCUGGACGCCACCCUGGGGGUGAAGAGGUGCAGGCUGGGUCUCCACCACGCUGCCAGGGGGACAGAGAGGAGUACACACACCUGGACGAUACCUUCUCCAAACAGGUGACGUCCCUGGCUGACUCCAUCGAUGACACCCUGACCUGUCAGUCAGGUGUGGAAGACUUUCAGGAGGAGGAGGAAGGUGACGGAGACGAGACAGGGGUGGAGGCGGACGACUUUGGAGAGUGUGUUUGGAGGCCGAGGGAGGGAGACAGACAGAGGGGUGGAGGAAGAGGAGGAGUGGGAGGAAGAGGAGGAGGAGGAGAGAGACAGAGCAUGCACGAAGACAGCACAGCCACCUCCUACAGCGACGUGACCCUCUACAUGGAUGACGGGCUCUCCUCCUCUCCCCUGUCCUUGGACCGGGCCCCCAGCAGCCCAGAUACAGAGUACUGGAGCCCAGGAGUGUGUGGCGGUAGGGUGGGGGGGCGCGAAGACAGCCGGGACACAGAGGGAGGGGGCAGCAGUAACAGCCGACGCAGCACCCCUUGUACAGAGUGUAGAGACUACAGCCUGAGAGGAGCUCACCUGCCCCUGCUGACCAUCGAACACCCAAGUGACAGCUCUGUUGAUAUGAGUGACCGCUCGGACCGUGGCUCUAUAGGCAGACUGGUCUACGAGACAGAACCAGGGGGAGGAGGGUCACCUCAGGGCACUAUUAAACAUAACCCCCACCCAAAUCCUCACCCUAACCCCAACGGUCGCGCUGUCCCCAUACCUCCCCAGGCCCAAGGCCAGACUCGUUCUGUGCUUCCUCACCGCCCUCACCCUCACCCCCAACCCUCGGCCAUCCCCUCCCACCUGCCCUACCACACCAUCCUACACCACCACCAUCAGUUUCCAUAUCACCCUCUACAUCCCCACCAACCGUACCCCGAUACCCCCUCCGCCUCCUCUCAGUCCCCCCAGGGACCACCCCUCACCCCCCUAUUUUCCUCCUCAUCCACCACACUGCCCCCUGGUGGCCAAGAGCAGGUCUGCUGUUCGGACGGAGACAACGACUCCCUCAACUCCACCACCAACUCCAACGACACCAUCAACUGCUCCUCCGGGUCCUCAUCACGCGACAGCCUCCGGGAGCCCCUCCCACCGCUCGGGAAACAGACCUAUCAGAGAGAGAGCAGACACAGCUGGGAUAACCCCGCCUUUAACAACGACGUGGUGCAGAGACGACAGUACCGCAUCGGACUCAAUCUGUUCAACAAGAAGCCAGAGAAGGGUAUACAGUACCUGAUAGAGAGAGGCUUCGUAUCGGACACACCGGUAGGCAUCGCCCGCUUCAUCCUGGAGAGGAAAGGACUGAGCAGACAGAUGAUAGGAGAGUUCCUGGGAUGCAGACAGAAACAGUUCAACAAGGACGUACUGGAUUGUGUGGUGGAUGAGAUGGACUUCUCAGGGAUGGAUCUGGAUGAUGCCCUCAGGAAGUUUCAGGCCCAGAUCAAAGUCCAGGGCGAGGCCCAGAAGGUGGAGAGACUGAUCGAGGCUUUCAGUCAGCGGUACUGUGUCAGUAACCCGGUGCUGAUCCGACAGUUCCAGAACCCCGACACGAUCUUCAUCCUGGCCUUCGCCAUCAUCCUCCUCAACACAGACAUGUACUCUCCCAACGUCAAACCAGAGAGGAAGAUGAAGUUGGAGGACUUCAUCAAAAACCUCAGAGGAGUGGACAAUGGUCAGGACAUUCCCAGAGACCUGUUAGUAGGAAUCUACCAUCGGAUAGAGAAGUGGGAGCUACGCACCAACGAUGACCACGUGUCUCAAGUACAGGCCGUGGAGAGAGUUUUUGUCGGCAAGAAGCCUGUGCUCUCGCUGUCCCAUCGCAGAUUGGUGUGUUGCUGUCAGCUGUACGAGGUGCCUGAGCCUAACAAAAACCAAAGGACUGGAGUCCACCAGAGAGAAGUCUUCCUCUUCAACGACCUGCUCGUGGUAACCAAAAUCUUCCAGAAGAAGAAGACCUCUGUGACAUACAGCUUCAGACAGUCCUUCCCCCUGGUCGAAAUGCAGGUCCACAUGUUCCAGAACCAAUACUACCCCCACGGUAUCCGUCUGACAUCAGCCAACCCUGGCGGGGAGAGAAAAGUUCUGAUCGUGUUUAACGCUCCGAGAGAGCAGGACAGAACACGUUUCACCUCCGACCUGAGAGAGAGCAUCGCUGAGGUGCAGGAGAUGGAGAAAUACAGAGUGGAGUCGGAGUUGGAGAAGCAGAAAGGAGUGAUGAGGCCUGUUGCUGCCGGGUCUGACGGUGGUAGUCCCAGCGGCGGCGUGAAGGCGGUGAACGGCACUCUGGGUAGGCCCAGUCUGGACGACAGCUAUGCCUCUGCAGACGGACUCAAACGUACAGCGCUCAGCUCAUCACUGAGAGACCUAUCAGAAACAGGAAAGCGGGGCCGCCGGACCAGUGUUGGCUCCCUGGACAGUACUAUGGAAGGCUCCAUCAUUAACAGUCCAAGGCCUCAUCAGCGCCCCCACAUGGCUGGAGGUGUAAUGCCACCCGGCUGCUAUGACAUCCAAGACUACCGGACUCACCACCCCAUCCUGGGCCCCGGAACGGGGGUGGGGGGUGGGCCGGGGCUAAAUCACAAUACCGCUACUGGGACGACGGCACUGGUUCCCAGCAGCGGAGACCGAGGGGUGACGGGAUCCCAGGGGAGCGGGUCUGGAGGGGUAGGGGGCAAUGGAGGCUCCUUCCUGGGUUCCCUGUUCGGGAGCAAACGUUCCAUCACCAAGCCCCCUGGACCUCUCACUUUUUUCCUCCCUCUCCUCCCACCUGGGCCGCCAAACUACCCUGCACCUGUCCCCCCGCCCAUCACCGGCGGCCCGCCCCCACACUCCCCGUCCGCCCUCAGCAACUCAGACCCAGGAGGGCCUUCCAAGAUCCAGGCCCUGCACGCCCAGUACUGCCACAACAGUACCGCAGGGCAGCAGCCUCCUCCGCCUUACUACCAUCACCACCACCACCACCGCUACCACGCCCAGACAGGGCCCGCUCCCAGCCAGCCCUCCUCCACCGCCCAGGGGGCCCCUGGGCCUCAUACCAUCCACAGGGGCCCCGUGGUUGGGGUCCCCAAGCGGCCUGGCCCCGGUCCCGUUCCCUCCCACCCGCAGCUGCAGCAGCAUGGUGUAGAGGGUCAGGGGGGGGGUGCUAUACCAACAUGGGGGUAGGCUGUCCC